AGGUGCAUCACAAAAAGGGAACAUUCAGCCAUUACACUGCGAUGAGGUGUGCCUGGGAUUUUGCAUAGAUUAUCAAGCAAUCAAGAAACAACUAAAAAUUUCUGGAGUUGCUGAGCACACCUUUGCGCAUAGGUGUCUGUGUGUGUUUGGCUGGAUUCUUUGGGUUCUAUACUGUUCUGGGGUGUAGCUGUAGGUUAUUUUCCAUUUCUUUGGGUGUAAUUAGAGUAUUUUCUUUUUGUAUUUAUCCUGAAAAUGACGGCUCAGGUAGACUACCUGGCGGUGUUGUUCACGACCACAUCUGGCGCGAGCGGAGACCUCUUGGGUUCGGACGAGACGGAGCUCGAGCAGUUGGUGUGGCAGCUCGUGGACCUGAAGAACAAAAAGUUGGGAAAGGUGAAUGAGGUGUUAAUAAGGCCUGAGCACUCAGACCUUACAGAAGAUUGUCUGGGGGAGAGAGAGGACAGCCAGGAGUCUGUCUCUACAGUCACAGGCUUGGAGAACGCCAUAAACCAGUUCCAUCUGAGAUUGACCAAUGAGGUGAACAGCUUAGGCGCGGGCACGUCAGUGUGUGUGUGUACGGACGGGCAGCUCCACAUUCGCCAGGUUCUCCACCCCGAAGCUGCGGGCAAGAACCUGGCACUGCCAGAAUGUUUCAACUCCUUUUUUGACCUGAGGAAAGAGUUCAGGAAGCACUUCCCGUCUGCAGACACCAAGAGCCUGGAGGUGCAGUACAUGGCAGAAUCUCUCAGUGUAACUGUGGAGCCAGUAGCCAUAUUGGAGCCGCCGACCGUACUGGAUCCAACGGCUGUGUUGGAUCCGACGGCCAUGUUGGAUCCAACGGCCAUGUUGUCACCGGUCACAGCAGCACUGCAGGUCCAGACCAUGGCCAACAUCGUUCUAGCCCUGCUAUUGGAACCCUUAUGUCACACAUUCUCAAACCCAGAGAGAGUCACUGAGAAGUUUGAAAGUGGCACUUGCAGUAAGAUGGAGCGUGUGUGUGACAACACAGUGAUCAGAGCGAGGGGGUUGCCGUGGCAGUCAUCUGACCAGGACAUCGCUCGCUUCUUCAGAGGACUCAACAUUGCCAAAGGUGGUGCUGCGUUGUGUCUGAACGCCCAGGGUCGGAGGAACGGAGAGGCUAUGGUCCGCUUCAUCAGUGAAGAGCACAGAGACAUGGCCCUGCAGAGACACAAACACCACAUGGGCAACAGAUACAUAGAGGUGUACAAGGCAACAGGAGAAGACUUCCUUAAGAUAGCAGGCGGUACCUCCAGUGAGGUGGCAUUGUUUCUGUCUCGAGAGGACCAGGUGAUUGUCAGGAUGAGAGGUCUUCCCUUCACCGCCACACCUGACCAGGUGCUGGCCUUCUUCUCCCAAGGGGAGGGGCCUAAAGAGGCGUGUCCUGUCAGUGGUGACAAGGAUGGCAUCCUAUUUGUGCGUUUCCCUGAUGGAAGGCCGACAGGCGACGCCUUUGUCCUAUUCGCCAGUGAGGAGCAUGCUCAGUGCGCUCUCAGGAAGCACAAAGACAUCCUGGGAAAGAGAUACAUUGAGCUGUUCAAGAGCACCGCCGCUGAGGUGCAACAGGUGUUGAACAGGUACACGUCAGCCCCUCUGAUCCCCGGCUCCAGCCCCCUGGUGUCAAUGUUGCCCUCUGUGUCUCUGUUGCCCUCUCCUGGUGGUGUGAGGGACUGCCUCAGGCUGAGGGGGCUGCCCUACACCGCCACCAUAGAGGACAUACUGGCCUUCCUAGGAGAAUACACACACGACAUCAGACCACACGGAGUACACAUGGUGGUCAACCAACAGGGUCGUCCGUCAGGGGACUGUUUCAUCCAGAUGUGUUCAGCAGAGCGGGCUUUCUCUGCCUCCCAGCGGGUCCACAAGCAGGUGAUGUCUGGUCCGGGCCAGGCUGGCAAGCGAGGGGUUAACAGCCGCUAUGUGGAGGUGUUCCCCUGUAGCGCUGAAGAGAUGGGUCUGGUGUUGAUGGGAGGCUCCCUCUCACGGACAGGGCUCAGCCCGCCGCCAUGUCUGUCUCCUCCCUCCUACUCCUUCCCACCCAUCCCUUCCAUCAUGCCGGCAGAGGCUGCCGGCCUCUUCCCUCCCAUUGGGCAGGUGCUGCUGAGUCCCCGCCCCCUAGGACCUGGACACGCCUACUACCCAGCUAGCACUCAGCUCUACAUGAACUACACUGCAUACUAUCCCAGUCCCCCAGGUUCUCCCAACACUGAUGUUUUCCUCUCCCACCCCCUGAUCUUAUGGGGAGUGGUCCGUAUGCAUGGCCUUGCCUAUAAAGAACUGCUCAACACCAUUCAGGGAUACCAGUACGCUACUGAGGAUGGCCUUGUGCACGCUCAUGCUAACAUGCACGAUCACGAUCCCUCCCGGACUCUGCUCACGCAGCCCAAAGAGUGGGUGUGUAUUUAAGGGGUGUGUCCUAGGCAGGCGGAAGAGUCCUAUGGAGGCAUUGCCUGUACUGAGCAGUAUGAUUGGUCAGUCCAGCAGCGGUGAUGCUCUGAUGCCCUUCUCCCCUCUCCUGACCAAGCAGGGAGGGCACUACCUGGACCUAAACAUGCUGUAGAAGGCUCAAAGAUCUACACACUGACACUCACUACCCACACACUAUACCAGGGGUGUCAAACUCAUUUGACCACAAGGGCCACAUUGGGGUUUCACCCAGAUCUGGAGGGCCACAGUAAAAAGUGGUUAUAUUUCCUUUUUUUAAAAUAGAAGACAUGGCUCUAUAUUAAACUGUGCCGAAAGUUUGACACUCCUUCACCACAAUAUCACACAACACACACAUGCACCCCCCCAAAGGACAUGUGGGGAAUGUCCUGGCCUCCAGCUCUGAUGUGUGUUCCCUGUCUGAGUUUUGUGGUAUAUACAGUGUAUAUGCAUGAGAGCAGAAAUGUAUUUUAUAUCAGAGCUUUGCCUCAGCCAAACAGCAGCUCUGUCUUAUAUUGCACAUAGUAUUUUAAAAAGCUUUCUAGAGAGACGUUCUAAGAUGUUACAACCACUUCAGGAGACGUCUGUUAGAAGUAGAGCUGCGUUUAGUACUAAUUAUUCAUCGGAACCUUUCUUCAUGACUUGCAUGCAUUUGUGUAUGUGUGUAAGUGCUUGUGAAUGCGUGUGUGUGUGUAUAAGUGUGUGUGGAUGUGUGCGUAAGUGCGUGUGUGUGAGAGAGAGGAAUGUGCAUAGUGCACUACUCGCUCUAGAUACUAUAUGUAUAUAUUUUAUUUUAUACUGUCUGUCUAAAAACGUUAUAUUACAUUUUAUUUCUUUAUACUUUCUAUAAUUUUACAAUCCAAUACUCAAACGUUGUAUUAGGAAGCCUCCUGCAUGAAGAAGUUAGUAGUGCUAGCUACACUCAGAUGUUUACAUGUUAUGGAAAAUAUAAAGCACUGCUAACCAAUCAGAUUACUAUACAGAUUAUACUGUAUAUCAACAGCAUAGUGUCUGACAUAAAAGUCAAAUCAAAUGCUGAAUCACUCCCACACCCCUCCCAUCUAACCUGUUUAUGUUUGCCUAGUUCCACUCCACCCUUGCCUUUUGUAUGUGAUGCCAAGCUGAGCCCAGAGCCAGGAGAUUACUAUUCCUGUUGCCGGUGGUGUAAAGUACUUAAGUAAAAAUACUUUAAAAUACUACUUAAGUCGUUUUUGGGGGGUAUCUGUACUUUACUUUACUAUUUAUAUUUUUGACAACUUUUACUUCUACUCCACUACAUUCCUAAAUAAAAGUAUGUACUUUUUACUCCUUUACUCCAUACAUUUUCCCUGACACCCAAAAGUACAAGUUACAUUUGGAAUGCUCAGGCAGGACAGUAAUAUGGUCCAAUUCACACACCUAUCAAUAUAACGCGUUGUACUAUAUCAAUAUAACGCGUUGUACUGCCUCUGUUCUGGCAGACUCAAGAAAAGAAAAUACUGCGUUUGUAAAUAAAUGUACUUUUUUACAACAGUUGAGUACUUUUUCACCACUGUACUUAAGGACAUGUAAAACCAGAUACUUUUAGACUUUUACUAAAGUCAUUUUCUAUUAAGUCAUCUUCACUUUUACUCAAGUAUGACAAUUGAUUCCCACCACUUCCUAUUGCCUUACCCAGCUCGGUCCCAACUCACUGUGAUGGAGAUUUACCACUGUGCUCUCUGGUUCCUUACUGUAAUGUCACUGUGCCUGCAUCUCAACAGUCUACUUCAUGACAUAAAAGGAAUUGUUCUCAUCUAUCAUGAGUUUUCAGAUCAGUGCAGACUAAGGAGAUGAGGCAAGGAGAGGACCGCGCUUCAGACUAUUGAAACCAGUGUGUUUUACUCCCAUGAAGGCCAGAUUAGACAGUAGAGCUAUAAAUGGCCCAUAAUGAUGUAAUACAUUGAUGUCUGCUGUGACUGUGGGUCCCUGGCUGUCCAGGGAACUCUCCUGUGACCACACUGACACUAAUAAAUAGAACAUGUGAAACAA